GCUGCGCGUGCGCGGUCCGUGAAUGUAAACGCGGAGGAAGGGCCGCGCCACGCUGUGCGCCUCCGCGGCUCUACUACACCGAGAUAGUCCCGGGUAGUUCGCCGCGCCCCCGGCCCCCCGGCCCCCGCCAACCCCGCGAAGGGGCGCCCGGGCUCGCCCCGCAGCCGCCUCGGCCGCUCGCCCCGGUUUCCUGGGGCAACUCCGCGGCGCGGACCCCGGCGGAAGGGGGCGGGGUCUCGCUCUCCCCGCCCCCCGCGGAGGGAUACGGGAGUCCACGGCCCAAAACCCCGGGGCGAGGCGGCCGGGGCGUGUGAGCUGCUUGGCCUGCCGCGCGUUCACGAGGUCCACGCGGGCUCCACUGGGGCCACUGCGCCGCGCGACGGCCUCGCCCGCGCGGGUCUCGGCGCUCCGAAAGCCGGUGCUCCCGCAGCGCUCGCCUCCCGGUGCCCGCGCGCCGUCCGGGGCUCGGGGCUCCGCGCGGCCCAGGGAGGCCGCCCUCCCGCGUCCGCGUCCGCGCGGGGAGCCGAACCCGGCGAGAGGCGGCGCAGAGCCCGGAGGCCUCGGGCCCGGGCCCAGCCGCCGCCCGCGAUGCUGCUCUCCAAGUUCGGCUCCCUGGCGCACCUUUGCGGGCCGGGCGGCGUGGAACACCUCCCGGUGAAGAUCCUGCAGCCGCCGGGUACGCGUCGCGGUGUUUGCGCGCGGGUCCGCAUGGGGAGCGCCCAGACCCUGGGGAUGUUGGAGCGGGUGCUGCUCCGGCCUCCGCCUGUGCGGGGCGGGCGCUACGUGCGUGCCCAGCCAGCGCGGGGGCGCUGGCAGAAAACCCCGCAUUGCAGAAAUCCCCGCAUUGCGGAGCGCGGGGAAGCCGGGGCUCCCCCCGCCUCCCUCCUCCUCUUCCUCCCGCCUCCCUGGGCCCCCCCAUCGAAUCCUCAUCUCACAUCUGUUUGUUGUGAAACCCGAGCCGUCGCCCAUGUGACCGGCUCCUCCCCCAGCUGGGCCAGCCCUGGGGAGGCCACGCCCGUGGGGUUUUUCCAGGGUGAUGACAAGCAGAAUUUCGAGGCUGGCUCCCUCUUGUGGUUCAGGCCUCUGAGAAGGUUAGCUGGGAGCUCACGGUCUUGGUGUUUUCGUGCAGCGCUGGCGCCUGGGGUGUGCGUCCUAACCCCUGUGUGUUCCCCAGGCACCCGGGUGUACAGCCCUCCAGAGUGGAUCCGCUAUCACCGCUACCACGGGCGCUCUGCCACCGUUUGGUCUCUGGGCGUGCUGCUCUAUGACAUGGUGUGUGGGGACAUCCCCUUCGAACAGGAUGAGGAGAUUCUGCGGGGCCGUCUCUUUUUCCGGAGGAGGGUCUCCCCAGAGUGUCAGCAGCUCAUUCAGUGGUGUCUGUCCCUGCGACCCUCAGAGCGGCCCUCGCUGGACCAGAUCUCCACCCACCCCUGGAUGCUGGGGGAAGACGGGGGCACCCCCGAGAGCUGUGACCUGCGGCUCUGUGCCUUGGACGCAGAUGACGGGGCCAGCACCACCUCCAGCAGCGAGAGCUUAUGAGGAGGGACCUGCAUCUGGCUUGUGGGACCAGAGGGACCACCUGCCCUAGCCUGGCCCUUUACAGGGCCUGUCCUGUCAGGGUCGCCUGCUCUUUGAGAAAGCAGUGAUCUCUGACCCCUGGUGACCUUUGCUUUUGGCACCGGGCCUGUUUCCUUUGCUUUGAGUGCCUUUUCGAACGCUGCUCUCACGGGACUUGGUUUUCUCAAGCUCUGUCUGUCCAAAGACCUCCGGUCGAAGCGAGGUUCCGCCUGUCCUGGGCGGGUGCUUGACCCCGAGACUGUUCCUGUCCUGUGCUUUGGGAGGCAGCCCAGUCGGCCCCCAGCGCCUCCCCAUCUGACCAAGUUAGACCAGGAGCAUCCUCGUGUCCUGUGGCCUCAUCUCACCGGGCACAGGGUCCCUCGUGCCCACCUCCCGCGCCCUUAUCCUUCGGUGUUCGUCCGGGCAUGUCUGUGCACAAGCAAUGCAACGUUCCGGCCUCUGCCGCCCACACUCAUGCACGCUGCGUGUGUGUGCGCGUGCGUGCGCACGUCUAUUUAUGGUGUGACCCCUGCGGAGGGCUAUUUAUUGUUUAAUUUAUUUGUAGGGGCGUCCUUCUCAGCAGCCCUGCUCCUCUAGGCCCCUGGGGUGGGGAGGGGGUGGCUGUGUGUGGACCCCAGGUCCCGACCCUACCUGCCUCUGUCGGAGGAUGGACUUGUACAGUGGCUAAUUUAAGGGGAGUGGGUGAGUCCGCCACCUCCAGGCUCUGCGCCCCAGGGGAGGUGGGUUUUAAAUUAUUGUUCUUGUACAGUCUGCUUGUUGGCUCUGGAAGCUAGGGGGGUGGGGGGAAGAGUCUCAAGCCUUUUAAUUUAUUUUAGUAGCUGUUUCUGUGGUCCCGGUGUGUAGGCAUCAGGGACAGGGGUUCUUUCAGUUCAAAAGUAAGAUGUCUGGAAAUCAUAUUUUUUUAUACAGGUAUUUCAAUUAAAUUGUUUUGUAUAUAA